GACCUUCUCCACUCCACUCCCUCUCUUUAUCCUCCAUCGCCUUUGGCUGCAAUGCUGUCAAAACGCGUAAUCGCACUCGCCCGGGGGCGUGCUGUGCUCUCGAGGAGUGCAACCGUGAGCCCUAUCGCGCUGUCGCGAGGCUGGGAUAUCGCUGCUCCACACACGAGACGCUCAAAAUUCCACACCACGAAUCUUUUGCAGGCCGAGACUGUGAAAGUGCCCCAGAUGGCCGAGUCCAUCUCAGAGGGCACGCUCAAGUCGUGGCUAAAGAAAGUUGGCGAAUCCGUUGAGGCGGAUGAGGAGGUUGCAACCAUUGAGACAGACAAGAUCGACGUCUCCGUGAACGCUCCCGCGGCCGGCAAGAUCACGGAGUUUCUCGCGAACGAAGAGGACACGGUUAGCGUCGGUCAGGAUCUCUUCCGUUUUGAGCCUGGCGCCGCUGGCGAUGCGCCGAUAGACCCCACACCCUCUCCUUCAUCGUCCGAGUCCCCCAAAGACCUCCCAAAGGAGACGAAAGACGCCGCAGAGCCUGCUGACCAGCAACUGAACAAGCAGACGCCACCUCCCCCGCCCCCGUCCGGUGGCGUGCAAGGCGGUGUGCCGACAGAGGGACAGAAGAAGGAUAGCAAGAAGGAGCUGAAGGAGACCUCAAAACCUUCGAAAGAGCAGAAAGCUUCCCCUCCGCAAGUUGCAGGCAGCCGCAAUGAGACCCGAGUCAAGAUGAGCCGCAUGCGGCUGCGCAUCGCGGAGCGCCUGAAAGAGUCGCAGAACGCCGCCGCGUCGCUCACAACGUUUAACGAGAUCGACAUGUCAUCGCUGAUGGAGAUGCGGAAGAAGUACAAAGACGAAGUCCUCGACGCACACGGCGUCAAGCUAGGAUUCAUGAGUGCAUUUGCGCAUGCAUCGUGUCUUGCACUCAAGGAAAUUCCUGCCGCGAACGCGUCGAUCGAGGGAGAUGAGAUCGUGUAUCGUGACUAUGUUGACCUAAGUGUUGCCGUCGCUACACCGAAGGGCCUGGUCACCCCUGUCCUGAGGAAUGCGGAGGGGAUGUCGUUCGUCGACAUUGAGCGGGAGAUCGCUUCCCUAGGCAAGAAGGCGAGGGAUGGCAAGCUCACGCUAGAGGAUAUGGCUGGAGGGUCAUUCACCAUUUCCAAUGGCGGUGUAUUCGGGUCUCUAUACGGGACUCCCAUCAUCAACUUGCCGCAAGCUGCUGUCCUCGGCAUGCACGCGAUCAAGGAGCGUCCCGUCGUGGUGAACGGCCAGAUCGUCGUGCGGCCCAUCAUGGUUGUCGCGCUUACGUAUGAUCAUCGGCUGUUGGAUGGUCGAGAAGCUGUCACUUUCCUCGUGAAAGUGAAGGAGUACAUCGAGGAUCCGCGCAAGAUGCUCCUCGCGUGAGCCUAGAGCCGACGGAGAAUGGGACUUUGCCAUUGUGCUUGACGUGCUCGUAUGCUUCUGCUUCUCAUCGUUUACAGUACAAGGCCUUCGUGAACAACAUGCUACGUUUCUCCAU